AGAGGCGCGGGGCGGUGAUCAAUCUCCAUCCGUCUCUCAGAAAUCACCUUAACACCCAGACAGACACCCGCGAGCCCCUGAAAGCAAAUGAGUUGAUUUAUUUGGCUGCAGAGAAGAGACGCGGAGCCGCACCGAGCUGAUCACCGCGUGUCUCCGCUGCGCGAUGCCGCUCCGCGCGCGCACCGUUCGCCUCUGAGCCGCCUGAGCGCGAGUUUUGUGCCCCGCAGACUUCCCGCUGUUGGAUAUUUUUUGUUGCUGCUGCUCGCGGCCCGCAGAAGGGGAGGAAAACACCCAGUGUCUUGGAUCGGCCCCCUGUCCCGUCAAGCUGCAGCAUCGGGGGAAACCGAACCACUGGCCGGAGCUGGGUGGAGCAGUGACCGCCUGUAGCAUGAUGUCCUACCUCAAGCAGCCCCCCUACGGCGUCAACGGCCUGGGGCUCAGCGGCGCUGCGAUGGACCUGCUGCACCCCUCAGUGGGCUACCCAUCCACCCCCAGGAAGCAGCGGCGGGAGCGGACCACCUUCACGCGUUCUCAGCUCGACAUCCUGGAGGCUCUGUUCGCUAAGACCCGGUACCCGGACAUCUUCAUGCGGGAGGAGGUCGCGCUGAAGAUCAACCUGCCGGAGUCCAGAGUCCAGGUGUGGUUCAAGAACCGGAGGGCCAAGUGCCGUCAGCAGCAGCAGAGCGGCAACAGCGCCAAAGCCCGGCCGCCCAAGAAGAAGUCGUCCCCGGCCCGGGAGAGCACGGGCUCCGAGAGCAGCGGGCAGUUCACGCCGCCCGCCGCGUCCAGCACGGGCUCCUCGUCCUCCUCGUCCUCCUCCGCCAACCACACGGGCCCGGCGGCGGCGGCCCUCAGCAGCACCUCUACCUCCAUCAGCACCGUGUCCUCCAUCUGGAGCCCCGCCAUCUCCCCCGGAAACGCCCCGGCCCCCGCCGCCGCCGCCGCCCCGCUCCCCGAGCCCGGGCCCGCCGCCAACGCCUCCUGCAUGCAGCGCUCCAUGACGGGCGGCGCCGCCGCCGCCUCCUACCCGAUGUCCUACAACCAGACGGCGGGCUACGGCCAGGGCUACCCCGCCCCCUCCGGCUCCUACUUCAGCGGCGUGGACUGCAGCUCCUACCUGGCCCCCAUGCACUCCCACCACCACCCCCACCAGCUCAGCCCCAUGACGGCCUCCUCCAUGUCGGGCCACCCGCACCACCACAUCAGCCAGUCGUCGGGCCACCACCACCACCACCACCACCACCAGGCCUACGGGGGCUCCGGCCUGGCCUUCAACUCCUCCGACUGCCUGGAUUACAAAGAGCAGACUGCGGCCUCCUCGUGGAAACUCAACUUUAACACCACGGACUGCUUGGACUACAAAGACCAGGCCUCCUGGAGGUUCCAGGUCUUGUGAUCCAGCUUUUUGUCCCCCCCCCCCCCCCCUCCUGCUCGCCGGCUCCCUCUUCUUCUUCUUUUUGCAUUUCCCAGAUCAGCAUAUUGCUUGUUUUUAAAAAAGACAAAAAGAGUUUAUGAACCACAAGAUCAGCAAUUGGACCUUUUCUUUAUUUAUUUAUUUUUUUUAUCCCUCACCUCUUUAAAAAAAAAAAAAAUAUCAAAAACAAACCGCAAAAGAAACGUCCUUAAAGUUGUGAGAAGAGAAAACAGAAGAAUCUCUGUGAUGGGAGGAAAGUUUCACCUCUUUACCCCCAAAUCAAACCCUGUAUAGUUUUUAUUUCUCAAAUUGGUUAUUUUAGGAUGACAGAUUUUUAGUCAGCGCCGUGGAGCUGAAACCUGUAAAUAUGUAUUUGGGUCAGUUGCAUUGACCGUGUUUAGUUGGUGGGCUUCUUUUUUUUGUCUUUCCGAAUUUUAAAUUGUUUAUUACAACUUUGGCAGGAAAAGAAGAAAGAAGAAAAAACGCUAUGUAAAUCUUUCCAAAGAGAUUAAAUUGGCCAUAAAGUUCAGCUUUUUAUAUUCGUUGUUUUACUCGGAAUAAAAAAAAAAUGUUUUGGCAAUUUGAAAUGUCUCGAGGGAAGAAAA